AUGUCCCUCGCAGAUUACCUAGCCAAAAACUACCUCAACGCAGACUCCUUACCCUCCGAUCGCCCCAAAAAGAAGCGCAAAAAGACCAAGCACACCGAUGACACUGGAGAGGGUCUUAUAAUCGCCGACGACGACCCUCCAGACCUCCGCUCAACCGCUGCUGCGCCUCAACCCUCCCGUCGAAGAACGGGCUACGACGAUGACGACGAUACAGGCUUAGAAGCAACGAUCGCCGGAUCAACCAGAGAAUUCAAAAAAUCCACCUCCAAAUGGAAAACCGUCGCCGGCCCAACCGCCCCCAGCAACGCGGACCAAAUCGCCGCCGACGCAAUCCUCGCCUCCGCGGCCGCGGAACAAACGGCGCGAACAGAUGCAGACGAUGAGAAACCCCUAGUCGUCGCCGACGAGGACGGCGAGAAUGCAGGCCUGCGAAUGGAAUCCGGGGCGCGGGCGGGACUGCAGACCGCCGCCCAGACGGCGGCCAUGGUCGCGGCGCAAGAACGCAAGCACGCCAAGGACGCAGCGUCGCUGCGUGCAAAGGGAGCCGGCGGCAAGGCGCAGAACCAAGAGGCGGAGACCAUCUAUCGAGACGCGUCGGGGCGGAUUAUCAAUGUUGCCAUGAAGCGGGCAGAAGUGCGCAAAGCUGCGGAGGAGGCGGCGGCAAAGGAGGUGGCGGCGAAGGAGGCGCUGACGGGCGAUGUGCAGCGGAAGCAAAAGGAGGAGCGGAGGAAGCUGGUGGAGGAGGCGAGGUAUAUGCCGUUGGCGCGCACGGCGGAGGAUGAGGACCUGAAUGCGGAGCUGAGGGCGCGAGAGAGGUGGAAUGACCCCGCGGCGGAGUUUUUGACCAAGCCGUCUGCGCGCGGCGGUGGGGGGGGCUGGGUGGGAAGAAAGCGUACAAGGGCGCCGCGCCGCCGAAUCGGUAUGGGAUUCGCCCUGGGCAUAGAUGGGAUGGGGUGGAUCGGAGUAAUGGGUUUGAAAAGCAGUGGUUUGAUGCGCGCAAUCGCCGGGAGAGGAAUGAAGGGUUGGAAUAUGCAUGGCAGAUGGAUGAGUGAGCACAUCCUGCGGGCUGGGGGCCUUUGGUGGUUUAUCGGCGUAAUGAGGGAGUUAGGGACGCAAGCGCAGGUGUUUGACUGGAAAAAACUUAGGAAGUUAUUCCAUUGA